UGGGACUGUCACUUUGCUGCCGGGCGUUGGGCUACCCCGCUCUUGGGGACUGCAGCGCGCCGGGUCGGGGCCGGUUUUCCAGGAGGUUCUGGAGACCCGAGGCGAGGGCAGCGAGGAAGGUGCGGGCAGAGCCCGCCUCGCGCGCGCGCGUCCCGUAACCGCAGGCCGACGGCCGCGCCCCGCCCUCCAGCCUCGGUUUCUCCGGGUGUGGUGCGGACGGCCCCGCGUGGCUGGCGGGCGACGCCCCGAGCCACGUGCUUUCCGGGCGGCCCCUGAGGCGGCGCCCCGGGCGUCUGCACCCUUACCGUACGGGGAGACUGAAGACGGGAGCCGGGGUGCCUGGCUCGUCCGCCCGUAUCUGCGCCGUCCCAGGUGCAGGGCCCGAUGGAGGCGGUGCUGACAGACCCAGCGCAGGGCCUGAUGGCGUUUGAGGACGUGGCCGUGUACUUCUCCCCGGAGGAGUGGGGACUCCUGGACACAACCCAGAGGGCCUUGUACCGCCACGUGAUGCUGGAGAACUUCUCACUAGUGACCUCGCUGGGACUCUCUGCCUCCCGACCCCGUGUGGUCGUCCAGCUCGAGCAUGGCGAGGAGCCCUGGGUUCUCGGUGGGACAGAUGUGGCCCCGGCCAGGAAUGCCCAGAGGAAGCCCUGUCCUGGUUCCCAGCUUCUGGCAGAGGACAGAGAUGUUUCUGGAGAACCAGGUUUGCCAGGGGCCUUCUGGGAUAGCCCCUCUCUGGCACCUACUAGGGUCCUCUCCGUCACUGGUGCCUGUGAACGUGGGAAAAGCCUGGAGGGUCGGCGGGGCACCUCCCCGUCUCGGGAGAGAAAACCCACAGGGGUGUCUGUGAUCUAUUGGGAAAGACUCCUGCUGGGCCCGGGCAGCGGGGAGGCCAGCGUCAGCCUGCGGCUGACCGCCCCACUGGGGGCUCCCGAGAGCGGCCCACCCAGGGAGAAGACCCUCAUAGGCCGCCUGGCGCCAGGCAAGCAGCGGAGGACGACCGAGCGGCACAAGCCAUGUGUGCGGGAGGCCCCUGGGAGAGCCUUCUUGGGUACCCCGGACCUCCAGGCAGGUCGUGUUGGUGGGGAACGAGGGGAGGCUGAGGCUUGGCACGAGCCUCAGAGACUGCCCGCCGGCCAGGAGUCCCCGACCUGGGACGAGCUGGGCGAAGCCCUGCGUGCGGGCCCCGGCCUCCUCCCGGGGGAGAAACCUUUCGAAUGCAGGGCGUGCAGCAAAGUGUUCGUCAAGAGCUCCGACCUCCUCAAGCACCUGCGCACCCACACCGGGGAGCGGCCGUAUGAAUGCCCGCAGUGCGGCAAGGCCUUCAGCCAGACCUCACACCUGACGCAGCACCAGCGCAUCCACAGCGGCGAGACUCCGUAUGCGUGCCCGGCCUGCGGCAAGGCUUUCCGGCACAGCUCCUCGCUGGUGCGGCACCAGCGCAUCCACACGGCCGAGAAGUCCUUCCGCUGCGGCGAGUGUGGCAAGGCCUUCAGCCACGGCUCCAACCUCAGCCAGCACCGCAAGAUCCACGCUGGCGGGCGGCCCUAUGCCUGUGCGCAGUGUGGCCGCCGUUUCUGCCGCAACUCGCACCUGAUCCAGCACGAGCGCACGCACACGGGCGAGAAGCCGUAUACCUGUGCGCUCUGCGGGGCUGCCUUCAGCCAGGGCUCGUCGCUUUUCAAACACCAGCGCGUCCACACUGGGGAGAAGCCUUUUGUCUGCACGCAGUGCGGCCGCGCCUUCAGCCACAGCUCCAACCUCACGCAGCACCAGUUGCUGCACACGGGUGAGCGUCCUUUCCGCUGCGGGGACUGCGGCAAGGCCUUCGCCAAGGGCGCUGUGCUGCUCAGCCACCGCCGUAUCCACACGGGCGAGAAACCGUUUGUGUGCACGCAGUGCGGCCGGGGCUUCCGUGAGCGCCCCGCCCUCUUCCACCACCAGAGGAUCCACACCGGUGAGAGGCCCUCGCGGCGGCCCCGAGCUAGGCCUCCUUUGGGGGCAUCGUCAGAGGUUGCACUGGGGAGGGAGAUCCGCCCCACCACUGCCUCAGGGCCAGCAGAAGUUCCCAAAGCAUCCGAGGUCUAAGGUCACAGCCCCG